AUGGUGGAUUUUGAGGUUAAUUUUCCAGGGAAGGAGGCACAAACAUCAGAUCAGACACAAACAAACUCAUUAUCUCCAUCCCCCUAUCCUGUGUCACCUGUGCCUUUGAAUAACCCAACAAGUGCCCCAAGAUAUGGAACAGUGAUCCCUAAUCGCAUCUUUGUAGGAGGAAUUGAUUUUAAGACAAAUGAAAAUGAUUUAAGAAAAUUUUUUGCCCAAUAUGGGUCUGUAAAAGAAGUGAAGAUUGUAAAUGACAGAGCUGGAGUGUCCAAAAGGUAUGGUUUCGUCACUUUUGAAACACAAGAAGAUGCACAAAAAAUUUUACAAGAGGCUGAAAAACUUAAUUAUCAGGAUAAGAAACUGAAAAUUGGUCCAGCAAUAAGAAAACAACAAGUAGGGAUCCCUCGUUCCAGUAUAAUGCCAGCAGCUGGAACAAUAUAUCUAACAACUUCAACUGGAUAUCCUUACACUUAUCAUAAUGGGGUUGCUUACUUUCAUACUCCAGAAGUAACUUCAGUCCCACCACCUUGGCCUUCACGUUCUAUAUCUAAUUCACCUGUGAUGGUAGCGCAGCCCAUUUGUCAGCAACCUGCGUAUCACUACCAGGUCCCUGCACAGUGUCUACCAGGCCAGUGGCAGUCGGGUGUUCCUCAGUUUCCUGCCUCUUCUGCUCCUUUCUCAUACCUGCAACCUUCUGAGUUUAUUUAUCAACCAGUGGAAAUAGCACAAGAUGGUGGCUAUGUUCCUCCUCCACUGUCUCUGACGGAAGCUUCAGUUCCAGAGCCUUAUUAUUAUCAUGGAGUUCAAGCAACAUAUCACCAGGUUUAUGCUCCAGGUGCCAUUGGUGUGCCUGCACCUGUGAUGCAGCCUGAACCAAUUAAAGUAAGAAGUUUGUCCAAUGAUAUUGAUCCUGGCAAAAAAGGAACACAGGGAUCAACCAAGGUUUACAACAGCUUCAACCUCACCAAGAACAGUCGUUCUCUGUGA